CGUGUUUCCACACAUAUCGCUCCAAACCGCCGCGUGUUGUUACUGCCGUGAGUGCGUGUGUUGUGUCCCUCGCUUAAAGCACCGUAACGCAGCGCAAAUUCCUUCCGCAAGCUCUCCGUGGAGUUUCGACGGAAUUCGAAAGUUGUGAGUGCGGGUCCUCUUAAGUUGUUCUUCCGGUGCCCUCUAGUGGAAAUCCCGUCUUGGAUCCGUUCGACGGUUGAAGUUUAACUGUGAUAAACAAUUGUUUUUGUUGGUUGAUUUGUGUGUAUUAGUUAUCGUUAUACCGUACUCGAUCCGAUUGUUUCUCUGGCAGCGCUUGUGUGGAUUACGACUUGUGCAUGAUGUGUUGGGAUCUCUAGAACCGGUUUCUCUGAUGACUGUUGUUGUUGAACGAUUUUCCGGACUUGACUUGAAAUCCGAUCUCAGAAGAUGACAGUGACCAAUUUCGGAAUGAUGCGCCCCGUCUUCAAUGGAUAUCCUUUCCAAGGUCAGGGCCGUGUCAACCAACUGGGCGGGGUGUUCAUAAACGGACGCCCGCUGCCGAACCACAUCCGGCUCAAGAUCGUGGAGAUGGCGGCGGCCGGCGUUCGCCCGUGCGUCAUCUCGCGGCAACUGCGCGUCUCCCACGGCUGCGUCUCCAAGAUCCUCAACCGCUACCAGGAGACCGGGAGCAUCCGCCCCGGCGUCAUCGGCGGCUCCAAGCCCCGCGUCGCCACCCCCGACGUCGAGCGCAAAAUCGAGCAGUACAAGGCCGAGAACCCCAGCAUUUUCAGCUGGGAGAUCCGUGAUAGUGACGAAGCUGUUGCAGAUGCGAGGAAUAAAUUAAUCAAAGAUGGUCUCUGUGACAGAAGCACAGCUCCUUCAGUCAGCGCUAUUUCCAGAUCUCUCAGGGGGCACGAUAUGGAUGAUUCAUCAUCAGAACAGAAAUUGAAAGACGACAAGGUGAGCGAUGGUUCUGACAUUGAAUCCGAGCCUGGGAUCCCGUUGAAGAGGAAGCAAAGGCGGAGUCGAACUACGUUCACAGCUCAGCAGCUGGACGAACUGGAGAGGGCCUUUGAAAGAACCCAAUAUCCAGAUAUUUACACUAGGGAAGAACUAGCGCAACGCACCAAACUCACGGAAGCCAGGAUACAAGUUUGGUUUAGCAAUCGUCGAGCCCGUUUACGCAAGCAAAUAUCAAGUAGCUCUACCAAUAGUUAUAACUCUGUGGGAUUGUCAAUGAGCUAUCCAACCAACAGCGGGUCCACCCCAACUUAUAUGAUGUCCCAACAAAUGCCUGAACCAACUUACACACCAACUCCGCAAGUAUCCGAACACGGUGGUUUAUAUGCUCACCAUGUCAUGAGCUCAGAACCACAUCUGGACCAAAGGCCUCCGAGCAGCCCUAGCCCUUACAUUGGCCUCUCGGCCGCAGCUUAUCCCAACAGUGCUUCUACCACCUUACUUUCUUCAUCGAUGAGCUCUGCGACGGCCGGUAGUCAUAUAGGAAACGUUUCGCCAGGACUUCUCACUACUGCCAGCCAUGCGUAUCCUCUAAGCCCGGGAGGCAUGAUCACCACACACCACCUUCCUCCCGUUUCGAGUAGCCUUGCUCUGGUCGCACAGCAUCCAGGAAAUGGAGGCUCAGGGCCAGAACCACUGGUGGCCUCGUCAACAGACAUGGUACCACUCACCAGCGCCAACCCCGGAUGGGCUACAAUACCAUUGAACACGGUGCAAGGCCCCCCGAGGAGCAACAGUCCCCCAUCGCUGAGCAAUCUGAACCCGAUCAGCCCCGCUCCUUCGGGGUACCACCACAACGCCACCAUCGCUCAACCCAGAGCACACCCUCAAUCUUUCUACUCAUGGUCUUGGCCAUAACCUUAAGUAAAUACCUUGUCCAGGCCGCACAUCAAUUUCAAAUGUUAAACACGAUAUUGAAACAGUGGAGUUUAUUGCGAGUUGGCAACGCUGUUUUUCAUCCAUUUAAAUGUGUUGGCAACGCUGUUUUUCAUCCAAUUAAAUGUAUAAGCAACAAUCGAUUCUUAGAGUAUCGAUAUCAAUAUGGAUUUAAGUGGGGGAAAAACACUGUUACUUGCCAACUAUAAUGACAACCACCGCAGGAUUGAAAUUAGGUUAGAAUGACUCAUGUCCGAUGACAGUAAGUGCAGUGAGAUAACGGAUGACUCAAGUCAAAAAAUGUGUAUCCACGUGACAUUCCAAGGCUCCUUUCAAGUUUUAUUUUUUUAACGAGAAACCUACCAAUGGUUUCUUUUGAGACCUCCUGUGACUUUCUUUCACCUAUCUGACAAUAUUUGUAGACACUUUAGAAAGGAAUAUUUUUGUCAUAUUUUUGUGAAAAAAUAAAACGUGCUUGGUAAUUUUGAGAUGUUGCUAACAAUGGAGAUGCACAUUUCCCGACUUCAGCCAUUGUAAUGUACUCUAUAAAAGUACGUACAUUUUUACUGUUUUUAACUCUGUCGAAAGUUGUAAUUCUUUUAUGCUCAUGCGAGAUCUCAGUUGCUUAAUUGGUUUUCUGUCUACCAAUUAUUUCAUACUGAACUUUUCUUUCAAUUUUCCCUUCUCGUUCACAACCAAACUAAAUGCGACGUUUCAAGUAUUAAGACAUGAGUUACAACUACAGACUAAUUUUACAGUAGGUUUCAGUAGAUGAACAAAGACGUGUGAUUCCCUCUAGCUUAAAUUGCUACUUUUUUGUGUAAAAAUAUCCAGUGAAAUGUUUGUGCACGAAGCGCAAGUUUGAAAAGCAAUUGAGAGCAUCGUCGGAAAAAUUUUCUGAAUUACAGCUCGAUAACUUUAUAUGUUGAAGGUGCCUGAACGCCAAAUAAAUUUCAGAAAAUGUAAUGAUUGUAAACCCAACAUAUUCUUACGUGAGGCGCCAUCGUUAAUACUCGUAAUAUCUUUAUAGCUUUCGGCCUUUAUUUGACUGAGAGUAGAGAAAUCCCACCGCGUCAUUUCAAGUUCCUUUAGUUUUCUUCGGCAAAAUUGUAUUUUUUAGGGACGAAAAUCAAAUGUAAGUAUACGGUGUCUAAUAGUUCACGAUUAUUAUUUUCGAUUAAGUUGUUAGGAUAAGUCUUCCCUGAAUCAAAGUGUACUUACAAUUAACUUAAUCUGAAUUCCACAUCCUAAACGAGAGAGUUUGAAAAUUUGAGGCUGAAACGUAAACUUGAGACAAACUCUCCAACUGACAGGAAUUCUCAUUUUCAGUGCUAUUGUUGUUACUUUCAACCAUGAUUGAUUGUGUUUGUAAGAAGUGUAAGUGUAUAAAAUUCACCGUAGUUUUAAGUGUACAGUAAGUUUGUAAAACUCUUCAGAUGUGUAUCUAGGUAAAAUGUAUUUCGACAAAAUUGCAAUUAUGUAAAUAUUACUCAUAAUAAAUUUGAAAUUCAUUCUUUA